AUGAGCGUAGACUCCAAAAAACCACGUAAGGCAUGUUGCUCCAAGCUCAAGCUGUUCCUGGUCUCCCUGGCCUUUAUGUACUUUGCCAAAGCUUUUGCUGGCGCUUACAUGAAGAGCUCCAUCACCCAGAUUGAGAGACGCUUCGACAUCCCCAGCUCUCUGACUGGGGUCAUAGAUGGCAGCUUUGAAAUGGGAAACCUGCUGGUGAUCGCCUUUGUGAGCUACUUUGGUGCAAAGCUCCAUCGUCCCAGGCUGAUUGGUAUCGGCUGCUUGGUCAUGGCCGCCGGAUCGUUCAUUGUUGCACUGCCGCACUUCCUGCAGGACCCAUAUAAAUAUGAGACCAGUAUGUCCCACAACACUGAAGCCAACAGCACUGAAAGCAUCCUGCCAUGUUUGUCCAAACACAACCUGACUGAGACACCCGACGUAGCAGCCAUACAAGCUUGCGAAAAGGCAGUCGGCUCUUCCAUGUGGAUCUACGUUUUCCUGGGAAACAUGCUGCGUGGAAUUGGAGAGACUCCCUCUAUGCCUUUGGGAAUAUCCUAUCUAGAUGACUUUUCUAGACAAGAGAACACGCCUUUCUAUUUGGCCUGUAUCUACACAACAGGAAUGCUAGGCCCAAUGGUUGGGUUCAUGCUGGGCUCCUACCUGGCCAAGACCUACGUGGACGUUGGAUUUGUCGAUUUAGACAGCAUCACCAUCACCUACAAGGACUCCCGCUGGGUGGGAGCCUGGUGGUUGGGCUUCAUAGUGAAUGGCACAGUGAUUCUGCUGUCGAGCAUCCCCUUCUUCUUCCUGCCCAAGUCUUUACCAAAACAGGGGGAGGAGGAAGACGGCUGCAAAAAAAGUACGGAGCUAGCUUCUGGGCCAGAACAGGAGGGCUUCCUGCCAGAUGAGACCCAAGAUGGUGAAGACAAAGAGAAGACCGCCACAUUUAAGGAAAUGGUUAAAGAUUUUGUUCCUUCGCUGAAAAGACUCUUCAGGAACAGCAUCUACACGAUGAUAAUCCUCACCAACCUGGUUGCGGUCAAUGCCUUUGUCGGCAUGAUCACCUUCAAACCAAAGUUCAUGGAGCAGAUCUACGGCCAGGCGGCAUCCAGAGCUAAUUUUCUCAUAGGCAUCAUGAACCUGCCCGCAGUCGCCCUGGGUUUCAUCACUGGCGGUUUUGUCCUGAAGCGUUUUAAACUGGGUGUCGUUGGAGCGGCCAGAGUGUCCAUCUCUGCAUCUCUUGGGGCCUUUUGUAUGCUUUCCCUUCAGGGUUUCUUUCACUGCGACAACGCAGAGGUGGCUGGUUUAACGGUGGCGUACCAAGGUUAUCCUCAAGUAUCCUACCAUCAUUCGACGUUGUUGUCGCCGUGCAACAUGGGCUGUUCCUGCUCCAUGAAGCACUGGGAUCCAGUCUGCGCCUAUAACGGCGUGACGUAUGCCUCUCCCUGCCUGGCUGGAUGUCAGACCUCCACUGGGACAGGAAAAGCAAUGGUGUUCCACAACUGUACGUGCAUUGAUACCUCCACGUCUCCUGCUGCAAACAUGUCCGCCGUGCUGGGCCAGUGUCCCAGAAGGACUGAAUGUGACGAGAAAUUUAAAAUUUACAUGGCUUUGUCAGUGCUGGGAGCCUUUAUUUCUGCCUGUGGAGGCACGCCGGGAUAUAUUGUACUGCUGAGGUCCAUCCAGCCAGAUCUAAAGUCUUUGGCACUAGGCAUGCAGACGCUGAUCGUAAGAACUCUAGGUGGGAUCCCUCCCCCAAUAUAUUUUGGAGCACUAAUUGAUCGGACGUGUUUGAAGUGGGGCACCAAGCAAUGUGGAGGACGUGGAGCAUGCAGACUUUAUGAUUCCAACGCAUUUAGGUUUACUUUCCUGGGAUUGAUUAUUGGACUCUACAUCCUGGCCAAUAUGCUGUGGGGAGUCCUCUACGUCAAAAUAGCUAAGAGACAGAAGAAGCUGGUGCUGAGAGGUCAGGCCAAAAAGAAUGGAGUGGAGGCUAACAGACUUAGCAAUGGACAUGCUAGCAUCAGCAUUGUUAAAUACAAAGAAGACGCAAACAUGGAGAGCACUAUUUAACAAUUUAACAUGUUGCAAGAAGGCCAGGUUGUUGCAGAAUGAAGAUGAACCCUUGUGUUCAGUCCUGAACAUGCUAAUGGUACAGUGUUAGCGCUGUCUGGAUGGUUAGCACCUUCCAUUCUUGGCUCCCCCGUCCCCUUUUUUAUGUGAUUACUCUUUAUAAAGACAUAUAGACAUCAACUAAAGCAAUUAAAAAGAAUAAAAAUAUAUGACGUUUUGUCUGAACGGUCAAGACAACGUGAUUGAGUGAUCUUCAUAGAAUCAGAGCGGGAAUUCAAUUCAUCUUUUAAAGCCUUUAGUUUGGGUGCAGCAUUGAAACAUGGUUUGUUUUAGGUCAGUUUUUACAGUGAACUCCCAGUAUACAAGGGUGUUGGGGACCACAGUUGUCUGCGAAUAGCUUAAAUCUGUGAAUACCUAAGACCCCAUCUAACUACAUCUGGCUUUCUGUGGUUUUACAAACUUGGCUAACUUAGCUAGUUCCCUUGAUGUGAAACUAGCUUCACAUUUUAGCAAAAAGGUGUAAUUGCAGUCAGUGUUGCAAUAACUUGGUUUAAAGGACUGAUUAGUAUGUUCUUCAAAAUGAAGAACAAAUCCCAGGGGAUAUGUGAAAUAUCAAAUAUGGCACGACAAGCCUUAGGGUUUAUUUUUGUAGUUGUAGUACUAAAGGUCUUAGCUUGUCACUGAAACACUAUCUUCUGGAAAUGUACAUUUGUCAUUACAUUAUAACUGUUAAAGGCUUUAAUAGGUCGGUUUCUAUAUAUUUUAUGUUUUGUCAUAAAUUAUCAGUUGUGCUCCCAUUUUGCUACUUCUGAUACCCAUUUUAAUGAGCUUUAAAAGCUUUGUAAGCAUAGUAUUACACUUUUUUUGUUACAUAACCUUAUUUUUUGUGUUCAGUUAAAAUGUCAUUAGCAUAAGCAUGAGUGUUGUUAAGUACGACUUAAACAGUAGACUACAAGCUCGUGGGUUUACUUUGAAGUUUGAAUUGAUUGUAUUGUGUUUUAGCUGUUAAAUGUAACAUCCACUAACGUAGACUGCAAAACCAAGGUUAAAAUUUUGAAUGUAAAUACCAGGCUAUGCAUCGUUUUCUUUUGUAAUUUUGUUGAUUGUGCAGCUGAAUGCAAAUGCACUGUCACUGCUGUAUGAAAUAAAUGUUCUAUUAAUGUUU